UGCUUUCUCCUUCCUCUGUGUUUUGUUUGGGCAGUACAAUGACUGUGGGGAACAUGGAGACUGCUGCACUCUUUGAUGCAGGGAAGAAAGGUCGAGGCCUGAGGGCGUCCAGAGAGCUCAGAGCUGGGGAGGUGGUCUUCGCCGAGCCCAGUUUCUCCGCCGUGGUCUUCGACAGUUUUGCCACCCAGGUGUGCCACAGCUGUUUCCGGCAUCAGGCCAAGCUGCACCGCUGUGCCCAGUGUAAGUUUGCCCACUACUGCGACCGCACCUGCCAGACUGCAUGCUGGGACGAACAUAAGCAGGAGUGUGGAGCCAUCAAGAAGAUCGGGAAGGCCCCCAACGAGCACGUCCGUCUGGCAGCUCGCGUGCUGUGGCGUAUUCACAAGGACACAGGCAUCGCGUCAGACAGUCAGCUGAUCUCAGUGGACCAGCUGGAGGACCACGUCGCCGACCUGCCUGAAGGAGACCUCAAGAAGCUCCAGACUGACGUGCACAACUUCCAGCAGUACUGGUCUCGUGGGAGGAAGCAGCACUCUGCCGACUACAUCUCACACAUCUUUGGCAUCAUCAAGUGUAAUGGCUUCACUCUGAGUGACCAGAGAGGCCUGCAGGCUGUUGGUGUGGGUCUCUUCCCCAACCUGUGUCUGGUCAACCACGACUGCUGGCCCAACUGCACCGUCGUCCUCAACCACGGCAACCAAUCAGCUUUGAGCUCUGCUCUCCACUCUCAGAGGAGGAUCGAGCUGCGGGCUCUGGAGAAGAUCCCUGAGGGCGAGGAGCUGACAGUCAGCUACGUGGACUUCCUCAACCUGUCUGCCGACCGCCAGAAGAAGCUCAAGGAGCAUUUCCACUUUGAGUGCACCUGUAGUCACUGCAGCCAGCACAUCAAGGACGACCUGAUGAUGGAUGCCGCAGAGAGCAAACCCUCUGCUGAUAAAGUGAAAGAGGUGACCGCCUUCAGUAAAGAGUGUCUGGAGAAGAUCGAGAAGUCUCGUAUUCAGGGAGAUUUCCAUGAGGUGGUGAAGCUGUGUCAUGAGUGUCUGGGGAAGCAGGAGAACGUCCUGGCUGACACUCACCUGUACAGGCUGCGUGUGCUCAGCGUGGCCAGUGAGGUUCUGUCAUACAUGCGGUCCUUCAGUGAGGCUGCAGGCUACGCCCGCAAGAUGGUGGAGGGAUACACGAAGUUGUACCACCCCAACAAUGCCCAGCUGGGCAUGGCCAUCAUGCGGGCAGGCGUCACCCACUGGCACGCUGGGCAGAUAGAGGCCGGCCACAGCCUCAUCUGCAAGGCCUACGGCAUCCUCAUGGUCACCCAUGGGCCCAACCACGCCAUGACGAGAGACCUGGAGUCCAUGCGCACGCAGACUGAGGUGGAGCUGAAGAUGUUCAAGCAGAAUGAGCAGGAGUACCACACCAUGAGGGACGCUGCUCUGAAGAAGCCUGUGACCAGCAGCUCCUCCUGAUGAUGUCACCUUCAGCACUAAUGAUCCUGUCAA